AAAUUAUCCGAGGAAUUUUUCAUUGGAGAUUUACCGAAAAUUGCAUAAAGGCAAUAUAAUCGCAUAACCUAAAAAGAUAAGAAAAAAUAUCCUGCAAGAGUUCUAUACAAAUAUUACCCAAGAACGCCUCAUCUUACUUUGUGCACUGCCGGCCAACUGAAGAAACAAAAAUCUAAUUAAUUUUCUUUAACAACAUGAGUGAGUUUCCGACUAAAGAGGAGAGAACACAAUGUUGGAAUAACAAGGAUCGCUACUGGGAGUGUUUAGAUAAAAAUGCACCCACGCAUAGUACAACGGGUGGUGAUGCAGAACCCAAAGCAUGUCUCGAAUUGAGAAAAGCAUUUGAGAAGAGUUGUCCGGGUCAGUGGGUGAAACACUUCGAUCGGAAAAGAAGCUACGAAUUGUUCAAAAGGCGAAUGGAGAGUGGAUACGAUCCAUUAGAUAAAUCAGCAAAAUCAUAAUUUACAAAUUAAUGUGUAUUCUGUACAUAUAUUUAGAAAUAUAGUUUACUUUACAUUAA